GUGGGAGUGUAUAUGCGUUCGAACCGUUCCCUCGGCUAAGGGUGCAUGCGUACAAGCCACUCAUUCAAGCAAACAGCGCCCUUAGAUUAAAUGAGCCUCAUUUAGAGUGAACGUCUCAGUUCAACCCAAGAACGCGCUCCGCUCUCCUCCAAGCAGUGACUCUGGCAGACCUCCCGCGCUCAUAUAGACAAUCGCUGGAUACGCUUACUGCGAUGGAAGCUGACGCUACGUUUGGAAAUAUUUGACAUUUCUUAAUGGGAUUAAAAGCAGAGCACAUUGAAAUUUGGGUGAAGCUGCUGGUUUCCACAGGGAAGACAUACCGUGCGGGUUUCAUUGUGCAUGAGCGGUGGGAUUAUGGUGAUUGAAGAAAGUUGGAUUUUUCAAAAGCGACUUCGCGCUGUGGAUUCACAAAAUGCUGAGAUAAAGCGAAUCCCACGGCUAUAGAGGCGGGCAUAUUUGGAAUUACACUGGAAAAGGCAAUGCACGGAGCCUGGGUUCUCCUCAUACUCCUUGAAGAAGGCUUUGCCCUGGCACAGAAAACUAGAGAGCUCCAGAAUGUGGACGACACGUCGAAAAACAGCGGGCAGUGCGGCACGUGGAUACGGAACUCGAACGGGGGCCUCUUCACCUCCCCAAACUACCCCAACACCUACCCCCCCAACAGGGAAUGCGUUUACAUCCUGGAAGCCCUCCCCCGUCAGAGAAUCCAGCUGGCGUUCGACAAGACGUACUACAUCGAGCCGUCCUUCGAGUGCCGCUUCGACCACAUCGAGGUGAGGGACGGGCCCUUCGGGUUCUCCCCGCUCAUCAACCGCUUCUGCGGGGCCAAGAGCCCGGGCGUGGUCACCUCCACCGGCCGCUUCAUGUGGAUCAAGUUCACCAGCGACGAGGAGCUGGAGGGCCUCGGCUUCCGCAUCAAAUACGCCUUCAUCGCAGACCCAGAUUUUCAUCUUCAUGUGGGAGGACUUCUAAAUCCAAUUCCAGACUGUCAGUUUGAAGUCAGCGGCUCUGAUGGGGUAAUCCGCUCCAGUCAGGUUGAGGAGGCGCAGAAGGUGAAAACAGGCGAUGCACUGGACUGCAUCUGGACGGUCCGCGCGCCCCCAAAGUCCAAGAUCUAUCUCCGCUUCAUGGAGUACCAGAUGGAGCACUCCAACGAGUGCAAGAAGAACUUUGUGGCGGUCUACGACGGCAGCAGCGCCAUCGAGAACCUGAAGGCCAAGUUCUGCAGCACGGUGGCCAGUGACGUCAUGCUGGAGAACGGGGUGGGCGUGGUCCGGAUGUGGGCCGACGAGAACAGCAGGCUCAGCCGAUUCCGGAUGCUCUUCACCUCAUUCGUCGACCCUCCCUGCUCGGGCAACACCUUCUUCUGCCACAGCAACAUGUGCAUCAACAACUCCCUGGUGUGCAACGGCGUCCAGAACUGCGUGUACCCCUGGGACGAGAACCACUGCAAGGAGAAGAGGGGGAAGGGCCUCUUUCACCAGAUCACCAAAACGCACGGCACGGUCAUCGGCGUCUCCGCCGGCGUGGUCCUGGUGCUCUUCAUCAUCUCCAUCCUGGUCCAGAUGAAGCAGCCGCGCAAGAAGGUGGUGUCCCGCCGGCCCGUCUUCAACAAGGCGGGCUUCCAGGAGGUCUUCGACCCGCCGCACUACGAGCUCUUCUCCCUGCGCGACAAGGACGUCUCCUCGGACCUGGCCGAGCUGUCGGAGGAGCUGGAGAGCUACCACAAGCUCCGGCGCUCGUCCACGGCCUCGCGCUGCGUCCACGAGCACCACUGCGGCUCGCAGGCCUCCAGCGCCAAGCAGAGCCGCACCACGCUGGGCUCCAUGGAGCUGCCCUACCGCAACGACUUCUCCCAGCCGCCGCCCAUGAAGACCUUCAACAGCACCUACAAGAAGAGCUGCUACGGCUACAAGCAGGCGCACGACUGCGCCGAGCAGGUCAUCGAGGACCGCGUCAUGGAGGAGGUGCCCUGCGAGAUCUACGUGCGCGGCGGCGGGGGGGCGCACCGCAACAACAGCGACGCCGCGCAGGCCCGCUCCAUGUCCAUGGACUUCUGAGGAAGAGGAAGAGGAGGAGAGGGGGAGGGAGAUGGGGGAGGGGGACAUGUCAUUCUGCCGCAUUUAUUUAUUGGCUCUUCGUUUUUGUUUUUUUGGUCACAUGGGGUGGAUUACUGUGUGCUCAGCCUGCCUCAUUCAAGAGACUGAAAUCAAAAAUGAAAAAUAAAAACAACUGGAAAAUUUGGACAAUGACAUCAUCAGGGGCGUUUCAUUGCUUGCUGGAAUAUUACCUUUACACAGUGUGAUUGAUUCUUAUGGCCAUAAUUUAUUUGUACACAUUUAUUAUAGUUUUUUUACAUAUUAAACAGAUGGUCUUGUUCCUGCUUGAAUAUAUGCUUCAGGACAUCACGGGCAACAGCUAAGAGGUGGCAUUGUGCAGAUACACUCGUUUUUACAUCUUCUGAAUAGGCUGACCGUUCUUACCGCACGCGUGAUAUAUGCAGAUAGGCGGAUAUGUGCUGUGCCCGCACACGUGAACGACGGGAGCAUGAGGGAAAAUUGUACGGCAGUUGAAGUCGCCGUCAACUCGCGUCUGUGUCCGCGGCAGACACUGGAGAACGCCGAAACGCACAGCCUCGUGCACAUCACGGACAGCUGUCCUCUGCGCUAGUUCCCUUUUCGGUUAUUUGUUUUUGUUUCGAUUUUUAAAAAUUAUAAUCUCUCAUUGCAUUGACAUGUCUGUGUCUGUCUGUUCAUUGCUCCAGCAUUAGCUGUGUGACUGUAUAGUCAUAUGAACAUUGUUCCCAGGAUGAACUGAUAUAACAUUUUUCACAGACUGGUAAUAUAUGGUUUUAGUAUGCACGGAAAUUGUAAAUGAGACAACUAUAUUACAUGUUAAUACACAUUUAAAUGAAAAUUAAAUGGAAUAAUUAUUUAAUGUCAAAAUGUCAUUUUUCACGUCCUUGCAUAUAGGUUAAGGUAUUAUAGAAUGUAUUUUAUGAUGUAUGUAAUUUUGUAAAAUAUAUGUUAAUAACAUAGCAUCUAUUGUAGUGACAAUAAUGGUUUAGUAGAUUAUAGAUAUUUUGACAUCAAAAAAAGUCUUAUUCAUAAUAUUUUUAUUUCUGAUUGUGAACAUCUAUUUCUUAACUCGUCUGAACAAUGACGUUUGCAAAAACAAGAGGCUAGCUCCUAUGAAGCUAUGCUAAAUAAACACAUUUUCUUUGUA